UAAGAAUGCACUUAAUCAGAAGUAAAAGAUUACUGUUUUUUUGUUUUAACUCGCAGCCUUCGGUAGACAGCUGUGAAGUCAUCUGUGUGACAUGAUGGGACAUACACAUGUGAGCCCAGAAGCUGAAGAUCAGGUAACAAGCACUCGACAAGGCAGCAUAUAAUGACCCAAGCGUUUGGGUCCCAGUCACCAUGUGGGAGGCCCAGAUUGAGCUCCAAACUCCUGACCUUGGCCUGGCCCAGCCCUGGCCACUGCAUGCAUUUGAGCAGUGAAUCAGCAGGGACCCUGCUGCCACGCGUGCCCCGCCGUGGGCCCCCAGCUCCGCCAUGCUUGCCUGCCUGCAGAGGACCCAGAACCCGCCGGGCCAGCACCUGGCCUGCCCAAGCAAGAGCCUGGAGCUGCGCAAGUGCGAGACGGCGGCCAGCUCCAUGCACUCCUCCCGCUACCCAAGCCCGGCUGAGCUGGACGCCUAUGCUGAGAAGGUGGCCAACAGCCCACUGUCCGUCAAGAUCUUCCCCACUAACAUCCGGGUGCCCCAGCACAAGCACCUUGGCCGCACCGUCAAUGGCUAUGACACCAGCGGCCAGCGCUACAGCCCCUACCCGCACCAUGCCACAGCUGGCUACCAGGGCCUGCUGGCCAUUGUCAAGGCUGCAGCCUCCUCCUCCUCCAGUGUGGCUGCACCUGCUGGAUCCACCAAAGGCGUGCUCAAGAACGCUGAGGGCAAGCGGACCAAGCUGUCGCCGGCCACCGUGCAGGUGGGCAUUGCACCCUACCCAGCACCCAGCACUCUGGGGCCCUUGGCCUACCCCAAGCCACCUGAAGCACCUGUCCCACCACCCAGCUUGCCUGCGGCCGCCACCACAGCCUCCGUCAUCCCCCUGCCGGGCCGGGGUCUGCCCUUAGCACCUUCCAACCUGCCCUCCAUCCACAGCAUCCUCUACCAGCUCAACCAGCAGUGCCAGGCACCGGGGGCCGCACCUGCAGCCUGCCAGGGCGUGGCCGUCCCGCACCCCAGCCCGGCCAAGCAUGGCCCGGUGCCUAGCUUCCCCAGCGUGGCCUACUCAGCGGCUGCCGGGCUACCCGACUGCCGCAAAGGUGCGGAGCUAGGCCAGGGAGCCACGCCAGCCUUGACGUUGGCUGGGGCGGCCAAGCCCACAGGGUACACAGAUGGUGGCCUGGAUUACCUGCUGUGGCCACAGAAGCCACCCCCGCCACCACCGCCGCAGCCGCUACGCGCCUACAGCAGCAGCAGUGGCGCGGUGACUGCUAAGUCCCCUGAGGCAUGCGGGGGACGGGUGUAUGAGCAGACCAGCGGCUCACCCAACUGCAGCAUGGGACUGCCUGCCGGCUUCACCGUGGGCCAGUACUUUGCUGCCCCCUGGAACAGCGUGCUGGUAACUCCCACCAGUGACUGCUACAAUCCUGCCGCGGUGGCAGCAGCUGCAGCGGCAGUGACCGAGCUGGGGCCAGGGACUGUCCGGGAGCUGGCCGCAGGACCCCCGGCCGCUGCGCUGUCUGGCCUGCCCAGCAAGAGCGCAUGCAACACAUCGGUGCUGAGUAGCAGCCUGCAGUCGCUCGAAUAUCUCAUCAGCGACCUCCGACCGCCCUGCAUCAAGGAACAGAUGCUUGGCAAGGGCUAUGAGACGGUGGCAGUGCCCCGGCUGCUCGACCACCAACAUGCCCACAUCCGCCUGCCCGUCUACAGAUAAGGGCUGCCCAGUGGUGGCCACAUGGACAGGGCGCUCCGGGAGGCAGGGAGGCACAGCAGGGAUGCCUAGCCCAGCUCUGUGCCCACAGGUGCCCGCAGGGAAGCCAGGCUGGCUGUGUUUUGUCACUGCUGCCGCUGGCAGGUGGGGGAAGUCAGGGUGACUUUGCACACCAGGGCACCUGCCCCUCCUCCCCUGCAUCCCAGCGAAGGUCUAGGGGCCACCACUGCUGCGAUCCGCCUCUCCCUAGGCUGGCAGCAGCAGGGAGAGAGACCCCUUCAAGGCAGGGGUGGUUCCUCCGGGUCUCCUGGGUGAGGGGCGAGGGCCACACUGGGGUGCAGG